AUGUGGAUAAUAGCUAUCGUCUCGUUAAUGACAGUCACCAAUGCAUUGAUCCUUCCAGAUAUUUACGCCCUGCCAAUCACCAUUUCAGAUUUACUGUCUGGAAUCAACAAUGUUGAAGACAUAAGCCCUUCUAACGAAAACAAAGCUUCCCUCUUGGAAACCAAUAUAUUGGACGAUACCCUUCCAUUCCAUUAUAUCGUAGUCUACAAGCUGUCUUUAGCCAAAUCGAAACGUGAAGAACAUAAAGACUGGAUCACCAGAAGACACCGAGAAUUGAUGUCCAACUAUAUCCGCAGGGACGACAACGAACCCACUCCCAAAGCAUUAAAUUUCUUCGGGAUUGGUGACACCGUCAGAGGAUAUUCCGGAUAUUUCUCCAACUCGCUCCUUCAAGAAAUCCUCAAAAAUCCAGAAAUCGAUUUCGUCGAACAUGAUGCAAAAAUAAACAUCCAAAAAUUUCAAAUCCAAAAUAAUGCAACUUGGGGUCUCGCCCGGAUCUCACAACGACUUAAUUUCAAUAAUGGAUAUUUCUUAUAUGACGACCAAGGAGGGAAAGGAGUGACUGCAUACAUAGUCGACACAGGUAUAGCUACCACCCUUGCGGAAUUUGAAGGCCGAGCUAGCUGGGGUAAAUCAAUCGCUAAUCCCGAAUUGACCACUGAUGUACAUGGUCAUGGAACCCAUGUUGCAGGUAUACUAGGAUCAAAAACAUAUGGAGUUGCAAAGCAAGUCAAACUCGUUGCAGUUGGGGUGAUGAAUUCACACGGUGGGGGUUAUAAUUCAGAUAUAAUCAAAGGAGUCGAAUAUGCCGUAAUUCAGCACAAGAAAGAUAUCCAAUCUAAGAAAAAAGGGUUCAAGGGAUCGGUGGUUAAUAUCUCUAUAGGAGGAGUACUUUCGAACGCAUUAGAUAUGGCGAUAAAUGCGGCCACGGCGGAGGGAUUACAUGUUGCGGUUGCGGCAGGGAAUGAGGGUGAUGAUGCGUGUAAACAUUCACCAGCCAGGGCUAGUGGUUCUAUUACUGUUGGUGCAAUUAUCAAAAACGAUAUAGUUGCAUCAUAUUCAAAUUGGGGGGUUUGUGUUGAUAUCUAUGCUCCUGGAGGUGAGAUCGCAUCUACUUCAAUUAGUUCAAGGUCUCAAAUUGAAUCAGGUACGUCAAUGGCAACGCCAUUUGUUUCGGGAUUGUUGGCAUAUUUCUUGUCGUUACAUCCAGAAGGUAGUUCUGAGUAUGCUCAAAAAGUUGAUCCUAUUGUUUUGAAGAAGCGAAUAAUUGCAUAUGGUACGAAAGGAAAAUUGACUGGAUUGCAUGGUGAAUCACCUAAUAUUUUGGCGUUUAAUGGUGCUGGUAGUGGGUUUGAUUAUUUCUGGAAUAAACUUCAAAUCUGA